GAAAGAUUUAGAUUUUAAACGUUUUGUUUUAUUUAGUCUUUUGUUGGGGUCCUGGAUUGAGCGCUCUAAAUGCCUGGUUAAUUGAUUGAUUGACCAAAUGGCAGGAGUUUCGUGAUUUUCAGUGUGUUAUUGCUCAACUCAUCUGAAGGAAACAGUGAUCCACAGAUUCUUGAGAAUCUUAUGAAGAAACUAGAACUUCUUGGUGCACAAAAGUGCGGUCGAAUACAUAUAGAGAGCGCAGUUUACUUUUCAAACCUUGCUAGAUCUCAGUGUAAAACGUUUCAAGUUCUCACAUCAACUGAAUAUCCAGCAUCAUGUUUUGUAUUCUCUGACAAUCAAACAGCUCUUGUAGCCGAUAUAUCUUUUCGUGAAUUCCCAGGGUGCUUAAAAGCUUUUUAUCAACGUAAAAAGAAAUUACAAGUUGAAGCUAAAGGAAUAAAGUAUCAGUUGGGUGAUUUUACAAUUAAUUUUAUUACAAUAUUCAUGGGACAGAGUGCUUCCGUUAAAGGAUAUUUAAUCGAGGUUUGUUUUCAUGCAUCAUGCAUGAUACAUCUGUGUCGUGAUGUAUUAAAAGCUUUUAUUACCCAAGUAUUACCCGAUAUUUGUCCACCAGCUAAUAGUUCAACAGAACAUAUAUUUAGCCCAUCUUUUUUGCAAGCUGUUGAAACAGGCACAUUUGAUGCUCCACGUUGGCCACCCAGUCAAUUAACUUUCCCAGUGGAAAAUAACUUCCUGCAAGAUGAUUCUCCAUUAUCUCAUGUUUGCGUUCGACUAACAAUGACACAAUAUGCAGAACAUAUCAACGUUGUUAGACGUUUAUCAAGGCAAUCUGUAAACACUCCGAGUACGCUUUCUACAAAUGGUUCUUCCUCAUAUGCAACUCCUUCAAAUAUUCCGUCUAAUCAAGCUAACAAAAACAUUCCAUCUAACUAUUCAACAUAACAACUUCAGUGUUUAUUUGUUUUUAAUUAAUAAAAUAUUGGGACUUUUUGUACAAAUUUCUUUUCAUUCAUAUUUUUUCCAAGUUUCUUGAUUCUUUGUAGUUUAAUUUUCAUAUUGCAAUUUCAUGCUAUUUAGUCAAAAAAUCAUCAUUAUAAACAUUCGUCUCUCUGUAAGUUGUCAAACUUGCAUGGGUUUCGGUUUUUGGUGAGGUUUGUUUUUGUGGUUUUCCUUUCAUUCACAUCUCGUUGUUGUGUAAUUUCCACACUGCCACUUCGUCGUUGAUUUUAUAUGCAUGUGAUUGAGUAUAUUUUAGUUGGUGAUAAUGAAUUUGUGUAUUUUACCAAAUUAUGUACAGGUUUGGUGAUGUGUUCGUAGAAAUAAUUGAAAGAUACGCAUCUUCUAAUUUCCCUGUCUGGCUUUUUAAUGAUCAAAUCAUUUCUAAAUAACCAUUUUGGAUGUAUUAAAUUAAAAGAUAUUCACCAAGCUGAAUUACAUUUUUGUAGCAAACAGUAAUUUUAUGAGUAUUAUGUAUAUCUUUUACUGGUGUUAGCUGAUGUAUGAGCGAAUUGUAAGAAAACUAAAGAUGGCCAGACUAAAAUGUUGCAUCAAAUUAUGGGCUCAUUGACUUUUGGUCUAAAUCAUUUUAGUAGAUGCACACUGCCUAGUUGCGGCGUCCACACGA